AUGCCGCACUCAAUCGCUUCAGAAGGGUCAAAUGCCUCCCACAAGGACGACGAAGUUCUUCCAGACGCGCCUCCAGCCGCAGAUUCUCCCAACCCUGGCGAGAACAGUGGUAAUGGCACGGAAAAGGCGACAACUGGUGUGAAGCUGGAAGAUCUUUUCGACGAUGAAGAGGACGAUGACAACGAGUUUCCAGCCUCCAAUGCGCCUGCUGAAACUAAAAACGAGUCGACGGAUGCACCAGGGCCAGCGCCUGCCCAAGUCGAUACGGAAACCAUGUUAGCAUUUUACCAACGCCUAUUCCCAUUUCGCUAUCUAUUCCAAUGGCUCAACCACGGAGUUGUGCCCUCCCCUGACUUCGGGAACCGAGAGUUCGCUUUAACGCUGCAAAACGAUGCUUAUCUGCGGUAUCAAUCAUAUCCGACUGCGGAUCUAUUCCGCAAGGAUAUCCUAAAGAUGAAUCCUUCUCGUUUCGAAAUCGGGCCCGUCUAUAAUAGGAAUCCGCGAGAUCGAAAGACGCUAGGCGGCGGCCAACUGAAACCUCUUGCCAAAGAAUUAGUCUUCGAUAUCGAUUUAACAGAUUACGACGACAUCCGUACCUGCUGCACAAAGGCUAAUAUAUGUGAGAAAUGCUGGGCCUUUGUGACAAUGUCUAUCAAAGUUGUAGACACUGCGCUACGGGAAGACUUCGGUUUUGAGCAUAUACUAUGGGUAUAUUCGGGACGUCGUGGUGCUCACGCCUGGGUCUGCGAUCCUCGCGCACGAAAUCUUCCGGACGACCGACGAAGGGGAAUCGCAGGCUAUCUGGAUUUGAUCAGGGGCGGCUCGAACAGCGGCAAACGCGUCAACCUCAAACGGCCACUCCACCCGCACAUGAAUCGCAGCCUCGAGAUCCUAAAACCAUACUUUGCGCAGACCACUCUAGUGGAUCAAGACACCUUCGCCAGCACAGAGCAAGCGCAACGCCUAAUUUCCCUCCUCCCAGAUAAGGGCCUCAACGAGUCCCUGCGCAGGAAAUGGGACUCGGCCCCUGAUCGCUCAAGCACAAGCAAAUGGGCCGACAUCGAUGCCCUGGCAAAGACGGGGAAGAGCUCAACCUUAAAUACCACGGCCCUGCGUGAUGCCAAGCAAGAUAUCGUCCUUGAGUAUACCUACCCACGCCUCGAUUCCGAAGUCAGCAAAAAGAUGAUUCACUUGCUGAAGAGCCCCUUCGUGAUUCAUCCGGGCACCGGUCGUGUCUGUGUUCCCAUCGACAUCCGCAACGUAGAGGAGUUCGACCCUCUCUCCGUGCCCACUGUCACAGAACUACUGUCCGAAAUCGACUCGUGGGAUGCGGAAAACCCCAGCAAUGGUGCCGCAGAAGGCCCAGAGGGCGACGGGAGCGCUCUCCAUGAUUCCGAUGCUAGAGGCGGCCGCAAGCUUCAGGACUACGAGAAAACAAGCCUGAAGCCAUACAUUGACUACUUUCGUUCGUUCAUUGCAGGGCUUAACAAGGAAGAGCGCCAUGGCAAGCGGGAGCGCCACGAAGACGCCCCUGAGGUUAAAUCUGAGAGUAUGGAGUUCUAA